CAUUGGCAGCGUGGUUCCUCGUCGCGUGUUCCGUGAAAUCGGUCGCAUCCUGCAUCCUUCCUUACGGCGUGCGUGCAUUUACCUAUGUUCAUCCUGACAGGGUGCGCGUGAGUGUUGGUAACCGUCAGGACUCGUUUUGGUGUGUAUGUAUGCAGUUGUCGUCCUUAUAUGCACACAGCAUACACGCCGAGAUUGUAUAUUUCCAACUAGGGGGAACAAUCCGUGACUACCAUCGGCCGUCGUUUCAAUUGCUGUAAAGUUCAUGUGGAAGCUAGACGCGAAAUUUCGCGAGUGCCGCUAUCGUGUUUUUUGUCCAGAUAUUGCUAGUGCUCAGGCAGCAAUCAAAAGUGCGUGACUGUGACCAUCCUUUGGAAGGAGAUUAGUGAAAGAUUUGCCAACGUUUGGCUCAGCCGGAAUUUCUGUCGCAAAAUAGCUUGUGAAUCCUGCGGAUCGCGAAUGCACUAGAGUGGUUGUCCACGGGAUCGAGUGUGUGUGGAAAGUGGCAAGACAGUGCCCGUGAACCGAAGAGAGCUGCAAAUUUCUCGCUGCAAAGGGGGAAAAGUAAACAAAACGCAACAGCGGCGGAUUCAAGGCAGUAGCCAAGCACAAACGGGAAAGGCCAGAAAAUGGUACAGGCACUCGAUGAAUAUGAUAUACAGCCGGAUCUUCCACAGGCCCUGCGGCUGUUGGACGAAAUGAACAACAAUUUCAAACAGGUUUCCGAUCAUGUCGGCAACAUGCUGCAGCGCGUCAAGACGGGUGAACUAUCCACAGAGUAUGGUCUUAAUUUUCUGGAAAUCAAGUAUCACAUGCUGCUCAACUAUCUGAUCAACCUAACGUACGUUGUCCUGCGGAAGUGUUCUGGACAUAAAAUCGAGAAAGAUCCCUCCAUUGAUCGGUUGAUCGAAAUACGCACCGUGCUGGAAAAGAUUCGGCCAAUAGACUACAAAUUGCGUUAUCAGAUUGACAAGCUGGUCAAAACUGCUGUGACCGGAGCCAGUUCGGCCAACGAUCCGACCUCGUUCAAAGCAAACCCCGCUAAUUUGGUAUCGCAGGUACCGGAAACGGCCGCCAGCGAAGGGGAUUCCGGUGACGAAUCAGAUGAUUCGGCAAAAGUCUUGAGCAAACUGCGGAAAGCAAAGGCAGCCAAAACCGGUGUCAGUUCCGCAGUGGAACCCAACAGCAGGGAUGUGUAUGUGCCUCCGAAGCACAUGGCUGUGCCGUACGAAGAUGAAUCGAAAGCCGAACGUGAACGGAAGCAGAUGGCCCGAGCACGAAAGCGUGCGCUCGGUUCGUCUCUGAUACAGGAACUGAAGGAUGAAUAUCUCGAUACACCGUUGGAGGUUUCAUCAAGCUCGAGAGCCCUGCGUGUGUUGUCCCGUAAGGAACGCGAACGAGAAGAGUACGAGGAGAAAUACCUGACCCGUCUGCCCAUGACCAAGGCGGAAAAGCAUCGCAGCCGGAAGUUGACUACGUUGGGUACACUGGGCGACGAACUAACUAGCUUCGGUGAUAUCAGCGCUUUGGAUGAUGAACUGCCGUCAUCAUCGUCGGCGGGCGGCAAAAAGCGCAAAGCUUCCAAGGGCAACAAAAAGCACGGUAAGAAGCGGCGUUUCCGUUAGAUGAGAUCGCGUAAAAGCUUCGAAAGUAGCCAACUUUUUUCGGUAUAAAUAAUUUCAUUUUGCUAUAAAGCCCACUACAUUUGUUUUAGAUAUUUUGGUGUUGGUCGUUUCUUUUUCUCAAAUAUUGCAAUUUAAUUUUUUCUUCAACUUAAUGUUUAUUUCUGAAUCUGUCAGUUUUGUUGUGUUUUAAAUUUUCUAAUCGAAUGGUUAUCAUAGACACUAAUUUAGAAGAGUAUGUGCGAAGGUAGGUUUACCAUUGCACAUUGAAAGAAAAUAAAUAAGAUGAUGAUAAGAAUUAACUUACAACAAGUUACUGUUGCUGAAAUAUGAAAUAUUGAUUUAUGAAACAAAGAUAAACACUCACCAAGAGCCUUUAUAAUAUAUUUAUACGAGAAUAUUUUCAUGUUUCUUCCGAAUAAUAACAAAAGCUGGAACCAAUAGCAAGAGCAUCUUUGCAGCAGUCGAAAGCCAUUCUCAUUACAAAUUUACACAGAGAUAUAUAAGAAAUGUAUAACAGACUAGCUAUUAAGCAGACAAACAAUAGCUACAAAUGUAUCGAGCAGUAUCACAAAAAAUAAUAGUUGUCAUGUGUGCAAGAAUUCGGCUGCAGGCGGUGCCGGAAACAGUUGUUGCCUUUUAUAAAUAGUGAAUUUAAUAUUGAUAUUUUUGUUUUCUAAAUAGCAAAACAAUAAACAAACAAUUCAGUUGACCAGUUUUGUGUUAAACAUAGUGAACACAACAAAUAUUAACGAAUAACCUCAAACAUAUAAGAGAGUGGAGAGCCUACUGCUGCAGGGACUCUCUUUCCGGUGGGUUGGUUCGGCGAACAGACUCACACCCAUAUGAGAGCAGAAUUAUUUUGUACAACCAUUACAUAAAAAAAAAGUUGUAUUGCAAAAAACGAUUUAUAAUCAAAACCAGAAGAAACAGAAACCAUUUUUACGACAAGCAAAUACACACUACUUUAUCAUUAUUCCUAUCAGAGUUACUAAGCAAAGGUUACAGCAAAUAUAAUAAGGAACUACACGUCCAAAUUGCAGUUAGGAGAAAACAAAGCAAAUAAAUAGAAAAAAACUCAUCGUGGUGCAGACAAUUUAAUAUCAUUUGCUGGUGGGAAUAGCUGGAGGGAUGCAGUGCUUUGCACGGCACUGCAUUUUUUGUACCUAGAGCAAAUUGACAAACAUAGAACUUUAACCUGUUGUUUCCGAAGUUAAGGUUUUUGUUCAAAUUAAUUUUUGCUGCGUUUAAUUUCACAUUUUGAUUGGUUACAAUUAAGUUUACGUUUUAAUAAAUGACA